AUGACCGAAGCGUUUGUGAAGCCAAACAUUACUCCCUGUCGUCGACUAUAUGUCCGCAAAGACUUCAAAUGUAUGACCGAAGGGGAAAGGAUGGCAUUCAUACGGGCCGUACGGCAGGUAUACCUGAAUGGUGUGAUGGAUAGGUUGGCGGACAUACAUGUGGGCUAUUGGGCGGCCACUCAUAAAACGGGUGUUUUUCUUCUCUUUCAUAGAAAAAUAGCGCUUGAAUUGGAGAAAGAGUUAAUGAAAAUAGACCCCAGCGUUACACUGCCUUAUUGGGGUACUCCACUAGACUUUUCCACACCCGAGACCUCAUUGAUAUUUGACUACUUCGGUCACGCGGGCACUCAUAACAACUCGUAUUGCGUAAGGGAUGGCCCACUCUAUGGGGAUCUGGAGCUGAACCGGUGUGUGAGAAGGCAAUGGCAUCUCAAUAAGUAUAUGUCUGCGUGGGAUUCACCCGAAAUUAAUACAGCAUUAAUACAAAACUCGGUCAGUUAUCUGAUACAUGCAAUUUUAAUCGUUGGCAUACAUUUUCUCGUACACCUGGCGUUUGGAUACGCCGCUGAUAUGAGCUUAGCCAGCGCUCCAUAUGAUAUAGUUUUCUAUUUAUUUCACAACUUUCUAUUGGACGUGAACGUGAUGAGAAUACAGCUAGGGCAACCAGGGUUACUGAUACCGGAAUCUUACAACAAGUUCAUAAAAGUGGACCAAUUGACCGGUUUUGUAUACAACUCGCACAUCCAGACAGACGUUGUCACCUAUUAUACGGACACACCUGUACUUCAUAUGUUUUGGAUUGGUUUUGGAGAGUACUGUUCGAUCACAGACCAGAUAGUGGACGAUGUGCUCAACACUAUAGACAACAUCAAACCCCCGGUGCCGGCGGCCAUACAGCGAAUGCCCCGCGAUAUUCAACGCACGUAUUAUCCAAAGUUUUAUUCGGGAAACUAUUCGGUGUUUGACUACUAUAUGCCAGAUGUGGGCGACUGACAAACAGUCAACGAAUGCAAACAAACCAUUUCUAAGGGAUGCACACAUCGGACCAACUUUACGGACCUGGAGUUGGAUAGAGUGAGGGUUUGGUUGCAAAACAAAUUUAUGACCGAAGCGUUUGUGAAACCAAACAUUACUCCCUGUCGUCGACUAUAUGUCCGCAAAGACUUCAAAUGUAUGACCGAAGGGGAAAGGAUGGCAUUCAUACGGGCCGUACGGCAGGUAUACCUGAAUGGUGUGAUGGAUCGGUUGGCGGACAUACACUACGGCUAUUGGGCGGCCACUCAUAAAACCACUGUUUUCGCUCUCUUUCAUAGAAAAAUAGCGCUUGAAUUGGAGAAGGAGUUAAUGAAAAUAGACCCCAGCGUUACACUGCCUUAUUGGGGCACUCCACUAGACUUUUCUACACCCGAGACCUCAUUAAUAUUUGACUACUUCGGUCACGCGGGCACUCAUAACAACUCGUAUUGCGUAAGGGAUGGCCCACUCUAUGGGUCACUGGCGCUGAACCGGUGUGUGAGAAGGCAAUGGCAUCUCAAUAAGUAUAUGCCUGCCUGGGAUUCACCCGAAAUAAUUACAUCAGUAAUACAAAAAUCGCUAGGACAACCAGGAUUACUGGUACCGGAAUCGUACAACCAGUUUAUAAGCGUGGAUCAAUUGACCGGUUUUAUAUACAACUCGCACAUCCAGACAGACGUUGUCACUUAUUAUACGGACACACCUGUACUUCAUAUGUUUUGGAUUGGUUUUGGAGAGUACUGUUCGAUCACAGACCAGAUAGUGGACGAUGUGCUCAACACUAUAGACAACAUCAAACCCCCGGUGCCGGCGGCCAUACAGCGAAUGCCCCGCAAUAUUCAACGCACGUAUUAUCCAAAGUUUUAUUCGGGAAACUAUUCGGUGUUUGACUACUAUAUGCCAGAUGUGGGCGACUGUAACUCCGAGUGCCGACCAAUGCCUCUCUUUCAGGGCUAUGCCGACACUGAGAACGGGUUGAGACAAAUGCGGCGAUACUAUUACGACGAGAAUAUCAAUCUUUUGCCAUUUGUUUAUAUUGUUCAGGCAUACUGGCAAACAUUAAUGACUGAGUUAAAUAACCGCGCAUCGCCCGACCCGCACGUUAGGGAAAGCACUGCUAGACAAGCUGUUAGCCAAUGCGAGCAAACCAUAACCCAUGGAUGUACACAUCGGACCAACUUUACGGACCAGGAGUUGGAUAGAGUCAGGGAUUGGAUUCAACAUAAAUAUAUGACCGAAGCUUUUAUAAAGCCCGACACCACUCCCUGUCGUCGACUAUAUGUCCGCAAAGACUUUAAAUGCAUGACCGAAGGGGAAAGGAUGGCAUUCAUACGGGCCGUACGCCAGCUAUAUAUGAAUGGUGUGAUGGAUAGGUUGGCGGACAUACACUACGGUUAUUGGGUGAUCCACAAAACCGAUGAUUUUGUGCCCUUUCAUCGAGUAUUGCAAAACGAAUUGGAAAAGGAGUUACUAAAAGUAGACCCCAGCGUUACACUUCCCUAUUGGGAAACAUCCGUAGACUUUGCUACACCUGAAAAAUCACUGAUAUUUGACUACUUCGGUCACGCGGGCACUCAUAACAACUCGUAUUGCGUAAGGGAUGGCCCACUCUAUGGGGAUCUGGAGCUGAAUCGGUGUGUGAGAAGGCAAUGGCAUCUCGAUAAGUAUAUGCCUGCCUGGGAUUCACCCGAAAUCAAUACAGUAUUAAUACAAAACGCCCGCACAUACGGAAUGUUAUCGCAAUCGUUUACAGGCUAUCACUUUCUGGUACACCUGGCCUUUGGAUACGGCUCUACAAUGAGCGUCACUGACGCUCCCUAUGAGUUAACUAACUAUAUCAUCUUAUUUUACUUAUUUCAUUGCUUUUUAACCGAGGCGUUUGCGGCUAAAGUUCAGCUUGGUCAGCCACAAUUUUUGGCCCCCGAAUCGUACAAUAACUUUAUAAAAGUCGAUCAAAUGACAGGUCUUGUAUACAAAGGCCGCCUUCAGACGGAUAGAGUCACGUACUUCAAUGACGUCAGGGUUUUGGAUAUGUUAUCGAUAGGGUUUGGGAACUAUUGUUACGUAACCGAUGCCAUCGCCGAAGAUGUGCUCAACACUAUAGACAACGUGAAACCCCCGGUGCCGGCGGCCAUACAGCGAAUGCCCCGCGAUAUUCAACGCACGUAUUAUCCAAAGUUUUAUUCGGGAAACUAUUCAGUGUUUGACUACUAUAUGCCAGAUGUGGGCGACUGUAACGCCGAGUGCCGACCGAUGCCUCUCUUUCAGGGCUAUGCGGACACUGAGAAUGGGUUGAGACAAAUGCGGCGAUUUUAUUACGACGAGAAUAUUAACGAAUUGCCUUUUCCCGACACCACUCCUUGUCGUCGUCUAUAUAUCCGCAAAGAUUUUAAAUGUAUGACCGAAGGGGAAAGGAUGGCAUUCAUACGGGCCGUACGCCGGCUGUACCUGAAUGGUGUGAUGGAUAGGUUGGCGGACAUACACUACGGCUAUUGGCCGGCCGGUCAUAAAACCGCCGAUUUUGUGCCCUUUCACAGACAAUUGGGAAAUGAAUUGGAAAAGGAGUUAAUGAAAAUAGACCCCAGCGUUACACUUCCCUAUUGGGGAACACCGGUAGACUUUGCAACGCCCCAUAAAUCACUGAUAUUUGACUACUUCGGUCACGCGGGCACUCAUAACAACUCGUAUUGCGUAAGGGAUGGCCCACUCUAUGGGUUCCUGGAUAUAAACCGAUGUAUGAGAAGGCAAUGGCAUCUCGAUAAGUAUAUGCCUGCCUGGGAAGCACCCGAAAUCGAUACGUCAUUAAUACAAAACGCCGACUCAUACAUAAUAUUGUCCCUACAAUUGGUGGGCUUUCACUUUUACGUCCAUUUAGCGUUUGGCUACGCCGCUGACAUGAGCUUAGCCACCGCUCCCUAUGAGUAA